GCUCUUCGUCGCUCGUUCUCCAUCGCCAUCAUCAUCACCAUCAUCAGCAGCAGCAGCAGCAGCAGCAUCACAUGCUAGGUGGUCCUAUGCCACCACCUCUAUUGCUCUCAGCUAUCGGUACGGCUCAUUCGCUACCGCUUGGUGUUGCUAGUGGUAGUGGCAGCAGUGCAGCAUCGAUGGCUGCUGUUGGCAGCCGUAUACCGGGUGUACCCGGUACAUUAACGUUCACGCUUUCGCCGCCAUCUGACGAUACGGGCUAUUCGCUGUUCACUAUGACCAACGAAUCUAGCUCAUCGUCCUUGAAUGGUAGUGUCGCGAAGGAUCCAAAUCUGCAAUGGAUACAGACUCCACCAGUGAUUGGUUUAAACAAAAAGGUUAUCAUCGUCGAUGCGUCUCAGAUCUACGAUUGUCUCGAUUUGGGCCGACGGAUCGACGUUAGUUGGCCCAAUGAACAUUUCCGGGCCAGCGGAGGGCGGGCGUCGUGGAAAGAAUGGAUACCACAGGAGGGCAUGGUGGGUAAUGUGGUGCACUAUUGGCAACCGAACCAUCCCGAUCACCAUUUCCGCUCGAACGUGAACCGUACGAUACUGUUGGUAAAGAUCGGCGAACGGCAUGUACCGAUCGGUGAGAAGGGUGUCAAGGAGUACAACACGAUCGGUAUACCUUCGACAGUAACAGCCUGCACCGUCGGUAUCGUUUCGUCGACUGUCGCAAUCGAAGAAGAACAACAAAAGGCCGACAGAAGUUGCCGGCUUGAGAUGGAUGAUAUGCAGGAGGCACCGCAAAAUGUACCGACCACCACCACCAGUACCAACAGCAGCAGCAGCAGCAGCAGCAGCUCCGGAAUGCUAGCUAACGAACGGAGUGUUAGUCGCGAGCGUCUCGUAACGUCCACUUCGGGUGUUGAGCCAGAAGUGGUGAAUGUGAAGCGGGAUGAAGAUACCACAGCAGUAUCGAACGUAACGGAACCUUCAUCAUCAUCAACAUCAUCAUCGAACGAAUCCGAUCCAUCCCACAGUAAUACCGAGAACACAUCACAGGAUCAUCUGGUGUAGCGCACAGGCUCUAGGGCCGACGGGCAGGUUGCUGCGGCCUGUCUGAAUUGUAAAUAGGAGUUUGUAUUGUAAUAUCAAAAUGAAGAUCGCCUUAUUCGCCGUUUACGAAGUCAUGGUGUCAAGGAAGAAAGGGCAAGACACUCUUCCUUUCUUCUUCUUUUCCCCUCCUUCUCUCCCUCUAUCGCUCAUCGGCCAUGCAAACACAGCAAUCGUGUGUUGUCCGCACCCAGCAGAGCACUGCACUGUGGCAUUGAAACUGCUACAGCUGCUACUGCAGCUGCUGGAAGGAGACACUAGAGACGACCAUACAGUAGUGGUGCAUCGCGAGGCAAGCAGCAGCUUUGUUGUGGCGUGUCACCUCGCGAAGAGAGGACGCGUUAAAAUGUGAUAACUAAUGUUAAGAUAAAAACAAAACGAAAAACGCGCGAAAAAACCACGAAUAUGUGUACAGUAGCGUGGUGUCGUGUGGUGAUGUUGGAGACUAUUAGCUGAAUACGUGGGUUGUUGUAUAGAGAAUACGGCGGUGGAGGACCGCCUCUGUGCGGUCAAGCAAACGUUGAAACUAAAGAGAAACUCGUUAAAUUAUUGUGUAAACUCAUCUACAGCCACAGUCUAGACUAAUUGCCAGGCAGCCCGCAUUCUCCGUCAUCAUCCAACUAACUAAUCCAACUAAUGCGUACCCCGCUACUAUUGCCGAUGUGGAGGCAGACUGCUAUUUAAGACUACUGCCACACCACGGAUCGGGUGGAGCGGAUAUCACUUAUACGAAGUUAUCGAUUCUUAGACACUGCGCCGUAUCAUGCUGUUCGUUCGAGUUCGAGUUUGAGAAUUAAAGUUGGAGAUCCGUUUUUUUUUCCUUUCUCUAGAUUAGUUAGCCGCUAGUUAGUUAGUCAGUUAGUUAGUUAGCUAGUUAGCCACAGAGUUAGUUUGAACCUUUUGAACGUCAACGAACGGAGGAAGCGCGAUCUUGCGACACCGGGGGCGAAACGACGCGACUGCGACCGCGAACUAGCUAAUGUGGAGACUUGAAGUAACGAAAGGUGGGUGAAAGGGAAGAUGGAGGAAAUGGGAAUGGAAGUUGUUAAGUGUAGAAUAGAUGGGAAUAGGAUGGGGGAGGGUGAGGAAAGAUUGAAGACGGGUAGAUGCCGAAGUUGUGAAAAUCGACGGGCACAGGAUUAUGACAGAGAUUGAGAGAGAUAGGCGGAGAGAUGAUUUAAUACUGUUUUUUAUUCCUAACUCCUAGAGAACCAGUUGGUCUAUUCCAUAUAACGCGUCACAUAACGCGAAUGGUGGUUAUUGUUUUUUUUAACUAUUGCCUUUUUUUUUAUUUUGCUUCCAUUCAUUUUUACACUACCAUGGCGCCAAUCCGAUCACCACUAUCAAUGCGUCAAAGGGCACUAUCCAAAUGUCCUUGAGGUCCUCGCAUAGUAACUCACUCACUCAAGCACGCAGCAGUAACAGUAGCCAAUGUCGCUGCUAUUGUUGUUGUUGUUGUUGUUAUUGUUAUAGAUCUGGCUUUUGUUAAACCGCGAAAUUCAUCGGCACCUUUCCCCGUUUCGUUUCGUUAAAUGAUAGCCCAACUCACCACCCCCGUCUGCCCCCAACUCGUUCGGAGCCCGAUCUUGCUUCGAUUGGAAAGACACAAAGAAUUAUGCCUUUUCUUUCUUACUUUUUUUAUGAAAAAAAUAAAACAAUUUCCAAUCUGAACUUACUUUCCUUCUGGUUUAAAAUGGUAUAAAUACGAAAGAAUGAUUGUAGAGUGUUUGAGUUGUUUGAUUUACUUACUCACCUGAAAUAGAACUCAUCGCAAUCAAGCGUUAUCAUCGUCCAAUCCAGUCCAUCAAUAUUGC